CUUCUUUCCUCAUGGUGUCCACUCCCCCCAUGCUGGCCUCCUUGCUUGUCCUUUAAAUAGCUGGACUUGGGAGCCAGCUAGCCUUCCUGAGACCUGCAGGGCACCAGCUUCCCACUUCCCAGGAGGGAGAGUUCUUUUGGAAGGGCUGGGAAGGUACAAGGACCAUGCUGGCGCUGCUCUGGGUAGGCCUGCUCCUGGCGCCUGGUGCCUGGGCCCGCAGCCUGAGCACGGUGGAGCAGAUCCGCGACACGCACGCCAAGGUGACCGAGCUGUGGCAGGGCCUGCGGCGGCGCUGGGGCGAGGGUCUGGGCGACAACACCUCGCUGCACGCCUGCUGCGCCAUGCAGCCCUCCCGCUCCCUGCAGCCCGGGCAGCCGCACGUCACCGGGCAGGUGCUCUUCCGCCAGCUGCAGCCCGGCGCCGGGCUGGAUGCCUACUUUGACCUGGAGGGCUUCCCGGAGGAGAUGAGCGGGCUGGGCCGACCCAUCCACGUGCACCACUUCGGGGACGUGAGCCAGGGCUGCCAGGCGGCCGGGGGCCACUACAACCCGCUGUCGGUCCCGCACCCGGGGCACCCCGGCGACUUCGGCAACUUCCGCGUGCGGGACGGCCGGCUCCGCAGGCUCCGCGCCAACCUGACCGCGGCGCUCAGCGGCCCGCACUCCAUCCUGGGCCGCGCGCUGGUGCUGCACGCGGGGGUGGACGACCUGGGCCGCGGGGGCGACCCCGCCAGCCUGGAGCACGGCAACUCGGGCCCGCGCCUGGCCUGCUGCGUGGUGAGCCUGUGCCCCGCAGAGCUCUGGGGCAACCUGCAGCACAGGCGCGGGCAGCAGCGGGGCGGGGGCGAGGGCCAGGCCUCCUGAGUGCCUGAGCGCGGAGAUCCCGGCAGGGGACGCUUGAAGCCUCCUUCACACCUAGAUACCCCUCCUUGCAUUCCAGACCUCUUCCCUCCCUCACGGUGUACCCCAGACUCACCUUGUAUUCUGAGACUCCCUCCAUGCCCCCACACCCUUUCUUGCAUCCCAGACCCCCUCCCUCCAUGCCCUGAGGACUCUCUGUGCACCUUGAGAUCCUCCUUAUAUUCUGAGACUCUUUCCACACACCACACCCCUCCUUGCACCCCAGACCCCUCCCUCCAUGCCCCGAGGCAGGUACCCCAGACUCUGCUUGUAUCCUGAGACUCUCACUGGGCUCCAGGCCCCUCUUUACACCCCAACCCCCUUCGUGCCCCCCCAGGCCUCUCAGUGUACCCCAGAAGCUCCUUGUAUCCUGAGACUCCCUCCACAGCCCAGACUCCCUCCUUGCACCCCAAAAUACCUCUUUGAUUCCCUCAUCCCCACCCUUGGAAUCUCUUUGUACCCUGAGGCCUUGCCAUUUACCAAGAUGUCUCCUUGUACUGAGACCACCCCCUCCACACCUCAGACCUUUCUGUGUACCCUGAGGCCCUGUUCAGCUUCCUAGAGCCCUCUAUGAACUUAGAGGUCCCCACUUCUCCUCCAUAUUCCUCCAUGUACCCUGAGACCCCCCCCAUCGCUCCCUCAGACCCUUCCUUGCAUUUUGAGAUCCCCUCUACCUUCUGAGACCACUUCAUUGCACCCUUACAUCUCCUCCACACCCCGAGACCCCACAUUGUGCCCUGACACCCCUUCCUAUUCCAUAUGCCAGUACCCACCCGCUGCUCCCUGGGGUCCCCACCACACCCGGCUCUCCUCUCUGCGACUUCCUGCAUGCCAGGCUGCGCCUCCACCCACCUUAAACAUCUCUCUCUCCAUUUUGGGACAACCUUCAUCCUGAAUCCCUACUUCUGCCCGGCUGAGGCCUCCCUGAAAGUCCCCUCCACCCUGUGGUUUCCAGCCACCUACCUUUCUCUUCCGAGGGCACCCAAGGCCUGAGGAUCCCACUGGGGACUCCAAGGAUCCCCAUCCAUGCUGAGGGGCCCCCAGACUUAAAGAGGUCCCCUUCCACCCUGUCCCUUAUUCGCUCACUCUGGAGACUCCCCAUCCAUUUCUGUCCCAGGAGCCUAACUUCUCCAUCCUGUAGGCUCUUCCUGGGCUGACACCCCUUCCAAGGUUCCCUAGCCCUCCACCCCCACCCCCACCCCUUGGUACACCCCAACUCCAGCACAUGCAGCCCUCAUCUGAGUUAUUUCCGGUCAUUUGCCUCCUCUCAGAAGGCCAGUCCUCUGGAGCAUGUUUGGUGAGCUUAUCCAUUAAAGGCUCAGCAGUUCCACAGUGCA